ACCUGGCACCGCCUCCCUGGGCGCUGGGCCUCCAGGAGCGCCGGCGCAGCCGGAGCCGCGGGCCCGGGGCGCAGAGGGGAAGCCGCGCGGCCGCCAGCUGCGGCCCGAGGGGACGGACGACGCUGCUGGCCGCCCGCAGAGAUGUGACCCGGCCACGCCGCCUCUGUCGGGCUCCCGAACCCCAGCGAACCUGGCGGCCAGAAGGGCCCCGGCGCCCGGCCGCGCGGCCCAGGCGCUGCUGCUGCCGCCGCUGCUGCUGCUGCUCACGGCCGCGCCGUGGGGACGCGCAGUUCCCUGUGUCCCUGGUGGUUUGCCUAAGCCUGUAAAUGUCACCUUCUUAUCCAUAAACAUGAAGAAUGUCCUCCAGUGGGGUCCACCCGAGGGCCUACAAGGAGUAGAAGUGACUUACACUGUGCAGUAUUUCAUAUACGGGCAAAAGAAAUGGCUGAAUAAAUCCGAAUGCAGAAAUAUCAAUAGGACCCACUGUGACCUCUCUGCUGAAACUUCUGACUAUGAACAUCAAUAUUAUGCCAAAGUUAAGGCCAUUUGGGGAUCUGAUUGUUCCAAAUGGGCAGAAACUGGACGGUUCUAUCCUUUAUUAGAAACACAAAUUGGCCCACCAGGCAUUACUUUGACUCCUGGUGAGAAAUCCAUUUCUGUGGUUCUGACGGCUCCAGAGAAGUGGAAGAAAAAUUCAGAAGAAAGUUCCAUUUCCAUGCAACAAAUAUACUCGAAUCUGAAGUAUAAUGUGUCCAUCUAUAAUACUAAGUCAAACAGAACGUGGUCUCAGUGUGUGACCAACCACACGCUGGUGCUCAGCUGGCUAGAGCCGGACACUCUGUACUGCAUCCACGUGGGGUCCUUCGUCCCGGGGCCUCCUCGCCUUGCUCAGCCUUCUGAGAAGCAGUGUGUCAGUACUUUGAAAGAUCAAACAUCAGCAUUGAAAAUUAAAAUCAUCUUCUGGUAUGUUUUGCCCAUAUCUGUUACCCUGUUUAUCUUUUCUGUGAUGGGCUUCUCUGCGUACAGAUAUAUCCAUGUUGGCAAAGAGAAACACCCGGCAAAUCUGAUUUUGAUUUAUAGAAAUGAACUUGACAAAGGAUUCUUUGUACCUGCUGAACAAAUUGUGAUUAACUUUAUCACACUCAAUAUUUUGGAGGAUUCUAAAUUUUCUCAUAAGGAUGUAAGUGUCAUGGAAAAAAGCAAUGAUGUAUGGGAUCUGGUUGAGCCCAGCAAGGACCAAGAGCCCCAUCAGGAGGAAAUGGAGGUGAUGCACUUAGGGUAUGCUUCCCAUUCGAUGGACAUUGUCGAUGACACUGAGGAAAGCUCCAAUGGGACUUCCCUGACUCAACAAGAGUCACUCGGCAGAACAAUACCCACAGAUAAAAUAGCCAUUGAGUAUGAAUAUAAUGUGAGAACUACUGACCUUUCUGUGGGGCCUGGAGACCAAGAGCUCAGUUUGCAGGAGGAGAUGUUCCUACAAGGAAAAUUAUUUGAGCCACAGGCAGCUUUGGCUGACUGGGGCCCACAAACACUACUGUAUUCAUAUACCCCUCAACUCAGAGACUUGCACCACCUGCCAGAGGAGCAUGUGGACACAGAAGAGGAGCCAGAAGAAGAGCCAUCGACCACACUGGUCGAUUGGGACCCUCGGACUGGCAGGCUGUGUAUACCUUCCUUAUUUGGCUUUGAACAUGAGUCAGAAGGAUGUGAACAUCCUGAGUACAAGGAGCUCACAGAUGAAGGCCUUUUGUCUAGAAUUUAUGAGGAGCAGGCUCCCAACAAGCCACUUGAAGAAGAUGAAACCUAUCUGACGCAAUUUUUGGAGGAGUGGGGAUUGUAUGUACAAAUGGAAAACUAACGCCCACACCUCCCUCUCUGCCUGACCCCUACUGUUACAAGGCACAUGAGUGCAAACAUCUGAGUGCCCAAACAAUAAAGUAUCUGGGAUAAAAGAGGUUUACCUAUA